CGUCAUUCAAACGUCAUUCUAAAAAUCCAAAGAUACAAAUUGUUUUCUGUAGUAUUUACUCUAUUUUUAUAUAUAAUUGCGCUCAAAAAAAUAUGUUAUAUCCGAAAUAAUAGUGUUCUUGUAUCAUCAAUAAGUAGUCUUGCAUCUAUUAUCGUGGAAAAGUUUAUUGAAAUUUUCAAGAAUGGAAGCAAAUGGUUCCGUUUUAUGCGACAAUCUCAUCAAGUGGUUGAAAACUCUAAAUCUUAAUGCAAAACAUGGAAAUCCAUCAGAAUUAUCUGAUGGAGUGGCAAUUGCGGAGGCAAUCUCUCAGAUUGCCCCUGAAUAUUUCACAUCAGCAUGGAAUUCUAAAAUAAAAACAGAUGUAGGCCAUAAUUGGAGAUUAAAAGUUAGUAACCUGAAGAAAAUAUUGGAGGGUGUAGUAGAUUAUCAUCAGGAUAUUUUAAAUUUAAGUCUGCAUGAGUUUCCUAGGCCUGAUGUGGUGAAUAUAGCAGAAACAGGUGAUCAAACAGACCUUGGCAGACUGCUACAGCUUGUAUUGAGUUGUGCAGUAAAUUGCAACAAAAAAGAAGAGUACAUAACUCGCAUUAUGGAAAUGGAGCUGUCGUGUCAGCGUUCCAUUAUGCAGGCGAUACAAGAAUUGGAGACAUUGACUUUGGGUGUGAAUCGAGGGAGUAUAGCCUUGGAAGGCGGCGGUGACCAUUCGGAUGAUAUGAAAGAAGCGCUCGCGCAGAAAUGCCAUGAACUUGAUACUAAGGUAAAAGUAUUACAAGAAGAGAAGAUGACUCUUCUGAGCGAGGUGGCUCGGCUGACAGCGGCGCAUGCGGCCAACGAGAACGUAGAGGACCAAGAUUUGGAUGACGCGGGCGGCUCGCUGGGACCUGCGCAUGCUGGUACAUUACGUUACAGCAACAUGCGCGGACAACUGGACGCCCUGAAGGAAGAGUUGGACAAAGUGGAGUUGCAAAGAGACGACCAGCGGGCGCGGGCCGACGCGCUGGAAAGGGAAUUGGCGCUGCUGAAACUGAGGAACGAAGAGCUGCAGAUAGCGGCGUCAGAGAACGUGGUGCUAAAAGAUGAAGUGGACGCGUUACGAGAGACUGCAGCCAAGGCGGCCGCGCUCGAGGCCACGGUCGCCUCCUACAAGAAGCGGAUGGAGGAACACGUCGACCUCCGAAGACAGGUGAAGCUGCUGGAGCGCGCGAACACGGAGCACGUGCAGCGCGCCAUCGAGCACGAGCAGGCCGCCGCGCGCGCGCACACGCUGCGCGCGCAGCUCGACAUUUACAAGAAGCAGGUGACGGAUUUAAAUGAGAAAUUGGACGCAGAAAUAACGAAGGCCGACAAACUGGAGAUAGAAAACAAGAAACUGAGCAGUCGCAUUGCGUCCGCGCAGCGAGAGCGGGACACUCUGCUGCAAGAGCGAGACACACUGCGGGAGACAGUGGAUGAACUUCGCUGUUCGACGAUAACAACUGGAGCUAAUGAAGGGAACGUAUCCAGAGAGUUGUUGCCGAAUGAUGUAAAAGAGCAGUUGGUCCGCCUCGAACACGAAAACAAAUUGUUACGACAGAACCAGGGCGCGCAGGCGGACCAGGCUUCGGUACAGGCCCUACUGGAAGAUUACGCGGCGCGAUUAGAAAAGCAGCGCAGCAUCAACCGCGAGGCCAAUAAGCGUAUCAUGCAACUCGAGGCUUCACUCGAAGCCCCACAUCCAAGGCUCGCCUCCGCCAUGGAGGACAACCAAAGAAAAUCGUUACAAGUAGAAGAAUUGCAAGCGGCCCUAGCGGAGGAAAAGCGACGCGCUAGCAAACUUCAAGAAACUUUAGCGGCGAGGGAGGCUGACGUCAUCGCGAUGGAGGACCGCUACAAGAAGUGUGUGGAGAAGGCCAAGGAGGUCAUCAAGAGCCUGGACCCCAGAACCACAGGUCAACAAUCGCUGGACACCACACUGGGCUACUCUCGCGCCGGCAACAACAGCGCUAACGCUUCCCGAGCAGACAUCACGCCCGCCAACAACAACAGGCACGAAUGGAGCGGCAGCGGCAGCAGCUCCGAGGGCCGCGUGGGGCACAACGAGCAGCGCCUGCUGGCCGCCGCCUGGUACCAGCUGGGGGCGCGCUGUCACCGCGACGCAGUGGACGCCAGAUUCGGGCUGCUAUCCGCGGGGCACUCGUUCCUGGCCCGGCAGCGCCGCCAGCCGGCCCGCCGGCCCAACCCCACGUCCGUGUCCGCGCCCGCGCAAUGACACACUGUCGUGCACUACGCCAGAGCCACGGGCGAGACUACCAUACUGCGCUAAAUGGAUGUGUGUGAAAUCAUUUAUACUAGUGUACGUGUUCACAGCGUUGACGUUGCGAUAACGCUCCUUAACACUAAAGGGGGCCGUUCGACGAAUGAAUACGCAACCUGUAUUGAAGUAUACAACUUGGUGUAGAAGCCACGAUAAAGCUCUUCCACAUCGGCGUAGACGUUCGAUGAAAGAAUCCACAAACUAAGCGUCGCUUUGUCGCCGAGUCUGAAACUGUUCCCCGACGGACGUUUGUUAUAUGAACGGUUCGAUAGCAGAACCUUUUUUAUGAGUCAUCGACAAAGUUCAUUCUGUCAACGAAGGUGAAAAGCUGAAGAAGAAAAAUUGUAUCAUAGGUCAAACGACUAUCUGGCAGAGUUUCAGGCUCAUUGCCGCAUUUUCUCUGCAGUAGAUUAAAUGCAGCAGAAAAAACGACGCGAUAUCACGGCUGCGUUUUAGUUCAUUAAACGCCUACGCUGGAAAAACACUUGUGUGAAACCGCUCUAAUGGUGACUGUUAAAAAUACAGGAAUCGAAAGUUAUGCUAAUGAACUAGUUACUAACUACACACUUACUAAAAGCGGCUGAAGAGAUAUAAUAUUGUUAUUCCAAAACUGGAAGUUUAAUGUUUGUAUGUGAUGUGUGGAUUAAAAUAACUUUUAACUUUGCCGGUACUUUGUUGGGUUGGGCAUCAUCAUGAUUAUAAAAUGACUACUCAGUUAAUAGCUGAAUUAUUGUUCAUUAAAUGAAAAGUCUAACUAUACUACAUUUCCGUAGUUAUUUAAUGUGAGAAAGACGAAAAUGUAUGAAAAACCCGCCUUGCCAAAGAUAAUUGUUUUAUUGUAUUAUAUAUUAUUUCGUAACAGGUUCUCUUUACGCUUGAAACUAAAUAAAUAAUGGUAAAUAACUUUGUUCGAUGACGACAUCCAUUAUUUAAACACAUUCCAAGCGUAGCCGGGCGGGUUAGUAGUACUAUAUUUAUGUAUUUGUAAAAUAAUUGUGCCUAUUAGUACUAAUUAGACGGCCGAUGUGUCGUAGUGUUGUCUUAAUGUCUUAUUUUCAUUUAUAUAGGGCCCCGUGCUGCCCCCAGCAAAUUAAAAAGUAGUGUCUUUAAAAACUGAACACUUAUAUCGGUCCCCUGUAUAGGGUGCAAGUGGAACAAAUAGUUACCGAGCCGAUAUAUUAGAGGUACUAUUUAUACCAUCGUAUGUUCCUCGUCCUUAUUUUAUUUUCUGUAUGACGUGUGCUUGUGUAGUUUAGAAAUGACCUUGAUGCGAUUGGCCAAGGUUCACUUUGAAAGCGGCCAUUAUGAUUCGACAGCUUCAAAAUAUGCAUAUUUUUCUAAAGCUUUAUAUCGCGUGCAGUAUUGUAAAGUCCCACCAAUUUAUCGAUCUUUGCCAAUCGCAACGUAUUCAUAUAUUUGAGGCAGUAGUCUCUCGUCAAUUUUUACCUAUUUAUAGUUAAUUUUCAGUACAUAUACACAAUGUUAACGUUGUUAUAAUUGUGCGAGCAAUCGAGAGAAAACUCGUCAGCAAGUAGUGACCAGAAUUGAUAUGAAUUUUACUUCAGCCCAGGGCAGGGCAGCCAAGGCAGACUCAUAUUAUGUAAAUAACUACAUCAAUAGUGUUGUGCCGCCUCCACAUAAACUUUCCUUAUUAUAUUUAUAACUCACCAAAAUGACUAUAGUUUAGCACAUACACACAUUUGUUUUUAAAGUAGUAAUUGUAUUUGGCUAGUAGGUAUUUUAUAUCAUCACAUUUUUUAUGUAAACGAGAAAAUGUAUUUUUCUUUGUGUGUGAUUUGUAAACGAAAUUAUUUAUUUAAGUUAGGCUUAAUGCUCAACCACGUUCAAAAUUAGGUAGAAUUAAGUUGUUAUCACUGAAUAAUAUGUUAAAGAGAACAUAGCUCGCGAACAAAUUAACCAGAUAUGCUUUUAUUGCAUUAUUUAUUUCUAAUAGACAGUAACCGAAAAGUUACAAUAAAUAUUAAUUUUUAUAUGUUAUACGCUCUGCAAGCUAAAGAAUAUUAAUUUAAAUUAUUUUAUUAUUAGGUACCAUCAUCACACUGUACAAAAGCUAAGGUCAAAUAUUGAUAACGCAAUACCUCUCCCAGAUUUUUAAUUACCAGCUACAUUGUUUUAAAUAAAAAAACAUUGCAAGAAUUUACAAGUUUUGUGCGAAAUCACAAAGCCUUUACAGGUUAAUGUACCCAUCGCCAAAAGUUUACAAUGUAAUUAUACCUUUAUGCAUAUUUUAAUGACCCGAAUAUAUAAAAAACUAAAAAUGAAACGACUUGUUCAUAAGUUUGGACCUUUUCAACAAGUGUUAUAUCAACUAUAAUUGCGACAAAUGCAUUACACGAGUUGCCCCAAAUCUGUAUUAGCAAUCAAAUCAAUAGAUGAUUUUUUAGUUGUUAUCUCGCAGUUCUUACAGAAGCGAAACAGCAUAAUAUCAACAAAUCACAGCGGAACAUUCUUUGCGAACUUAACCUUAUUGAUCAAUGUCUGCACACAUUAAAUUCGCAUCUAUGUGAACGCAUCCUUAUCAUGUAACUGCGUUGUGCAUAAAGGUAUCUGAUGACUGCUACUUGUGUGUAUAGCAUUUGUAAAUAUGUACCUCCAUCCCUUCAAUGAUUUAUCUGGUGCAGUGAAAUGUGAAUUAUUUAUACACCCUUAUGUUAAGUAAAAUGUGAUUAAUUGUUGAUAAUGACAAUAUUGAGUUUUGAG